UCGAAGAAGACUUCAGUCUAUCAAUUGCAGUUAAAUGAAAUAAGAGGACAAUAAUUUUUUUUUUUUUUUAAUAUCGCUUAUGCAUUAAAUACUCGAUAUUUUGUAAAUAAAUUUAAAAAAAAAAAGGAAAUAAUUGUUUUAAAAAUGUAAAAAAAAAAUUUUUUAAAUUGAAAAAAAAAUCAAUUUUACACUAAGAAAUAAAAAUUUCAUUGAGCAAAAGUGCUUCGAGAAGCUUUAUUUAUUAAAUGUGCCAAGGUGUUUAACCUACUUUGUGGUUUGAAAGAUUACCAUCGAAAAAUGUAUUGCAAUACAAACGAGACAAAUGAUAAUGAAAAAAUUAAUAAUAAAAAUGAAUUUGGAUGGUGGAUAAUGAAUGAAUGUGAAAAUAAUAUAAUUUCAUCACAAUUGAAAAAAAAUUCACAAAAUUCCAAUUUUCAUUCAUUUUCAAAUUCUCUAGAAAUAGAAAAUGAUAAUGAUAAUUUAAAGAAUUUAGAAGAUUUUAAUUUAAAUGAUGAUGAUGAUGAUUUAAUAAUUUCUUUAAAAAAAAAAUUAAUUCCAAAUAAUGGAAGUCAGAGAAAUAGUAGUGAAAAUAAUGAAAAUAAGGGAAAAAUUGAGAAAAUGGAAUUGACAUUAAACGUCGAUUUUGAUAAAAUUCAAGAUGAAAGGGAAAAUUUUAUUGAAAAUGACUUUAGAAAAUCUCUUGGAUUUUCCUAUACUCCAGAAAGAUUAGUGAAAUCCAAAGAAUAUAAAAUUCUUUCUCCACCUUUUCAAUCUGCCUGUAUUCACUCUUCAAAGUUCAGACAAAGGAAAUUGAGUGAACUUAUCGAUCCCCAUAAAAUUGGUGGAAUAAAUUUACAAAAACUUUUAUGUCCCAAUAUAAUGGCAAUAAAUUAUUCCAAUUAUUUUCAUAUGAAACGAUAUAUCGAUUUUCAAGAUAUAAAAAGUCAAUCUAAAGAGGGCAGCUUUUCCAGUUUAAUAUCAAAUUUCAAGGAACUUAAGACGCUUUCAGAAGAAAAGCAGAGGAACCGCAAGUUCUCAUCUUCUGAAGAGGAGAACACUUCUGGAAUUCAAAGCCCAGGUUGGAGUUUAGAUACUUGCAGUGAACCGACGAAAGCACUUCCAAGAGUCGAGAAUCUGAAAGGGAGUUCAAAUGAAGAAGACAUUGACGAUUAUGAAAUAGAAUCAUCUGAGAUUUCAACAAUUUUAUUGGACGAUUCGGAAAAUUUAUCUGAAAUACAAUCAAAAAUAAAAAAACUUGAAAAUAACAAUGGAGAUAUGCAAAAAAAUAUUGAAACAUUAAAAGAGGAUUUUCAGAAUGACGAGUGGAAAAUAAAUAUUUUACUGGAAGAUGCAAUUAAUUUACGUAGAGAAAUACAAGAAUUGCAAUAUUUAGAUAAUCUUGUAAAUCUUCUUCGUGGCGAACUCGAGAGAAUAUCCCCAAAAACAUGGCCAUUUAUUCGCAAUCACGUGGAUCCUUAUAGCGAAGAAAUUAAUCUGAUUAUAUGACAAUUUUUCCUUUUUUUUUAAAUAUAUAUAUAUAAUAUAUUUCCACUUAAAACUUUUGCUAUUUCGUCCUUUGUUUUUUUUUUCUUCUUCUCUUUUGAUAAAAACUAUUUUUUCCCUAG